CGCUGCCUGCCGCCGCCGCGGCUGCAGUACUUAGCUUCCCGGGGACAGGAAACCUUCGCGACCGAGCUGCCACUGCCGCCUCCCCGUCCGCCCCCCACUCCGCGCGCCUGCCACACCCUCCUCUUCUUCCAGCAUCCUGCUUGGAGCACUGCAGGCUCUCGGCCGAGCUGCCGUAUCCCCCUCCCGGGGGAAAGCUGUGACCCCCUCCCCGCAGGAGCGGCGGGGCGGGGUUGGGGGGGGCGGGAGAAGAUGGCGACGCCGGGAAGCGAACCCCAGCCUUUCGUUCCUGCCCUCCCGGUGGCUACUCUGCACCCACAUCAUCAUCCCCACCACCACCACCACCACCACCAUCAAUACCACGCAGGAACCGGGUCCAGCGGCGGGGUCGGGGGAGGCGGCGGCGGCGGCGGGGUCUUCAACCUGCCCUUGAACCGCGGGCUCGAGCGCGCCCUGGAGGAAGCGGCCAACUCCGGGGGGCUGAACCUCAGCGCCAGGAAAUUGAAGGAGUUUCCCAGGACAACAGCCCCUGGGCACGACCUCUCUGAUACCGUGCAGGCAGAUUUAUCUAAAAACAGACUGGUUGAAGUCCCAAUGGAAUUGUGCCAUUUUGUAUCACUGGAAAUUCUUAAUUUGUAUCAUAAUUGUAUCAAAGUCAUUCCUGAGGCCAUCAUUAAUUUGCAGAUGCUGACUUACUUAAACUUGAGUCGAAAUCAGCUGUCGGCCCUGCCUGCCUGCCUCUGUGGUUUGCCUCUCAAAGUCUUAAUUGCAAGUAACAACAAACUUGGAUCGCUGCCAGAAGAGAUAGGUCAGCUCAAACAGUUAAUGGAGUUGGAUGUCAGCUGCAACGAGAUCACAACCUUGCCCCAGCAGAUAGGUCAAUUGAAAUCGCUCCGAGAACUGAAUGUCAGAAGAAAUUACCUUAAAGUUUUACCACAAGAACUAGUAGAUCUUCCCUUGGUAAAGUUUGACUUUUCCUGCAAUAAAGUGCUCGUGAUUCCCAUUUGUUUUAGAGAGAUGAAGCAGCUGCAAAUAUUACUACUCGAGAAUAACCCUUUGCAGUCUCCUCCAGCACAGAUUUGCACAAAGGGGAAAGUGCACAUAUUUAAGUAUCUGAGCAUACAAGCAUGCCAAAUUAAGACAACUGACUCCCUUUAUCUCCACACAAUGGAGAGGCCACAUUUACACCAGCACGUGGAAGACAGCAAGAAGGAUUCUGAUUCAGGUGUUGGAAGUGAUAAUGGAGAUAAACGAUUAUCUGCUACAGAGCCUUCUGAUGAAGACACUGUUAGCCUCAAUGUGCCCAUGUCAAAUAUCAUGGAAGAGGAACAGAUCAUCAAGGAGGACUCACACCAUCGCCUUAGCCCAGUUACAGGGGGAUUUCAUCAACCGGAUCCUUCCCUUUUGGGUGACAAUGAAACCUCAGGAGAAGAGAGAGACCAAUUUACUGGUGGAAGAGCUGUUCUCCAUUCAGAAUUCAUUAACUAUAUUAAGGAUCGGGCUGAGGACUGUGAGGAACUGUUGCGGAUAGAAGAGGACGCACACUGGCAAUCUGAGGGGCUAUUAAGUUCAUCCAAAGACCACGACAUGGACAUAGAGAUGAUUGAACAGCUGAGAGAAGCAGUAGAUUUGCUGCAGGAACCUAAUAGAAUAAGCACAGAUGUUGCAGACAGAAGUGUUGUAAAUUUCUAUCCUACGGAAUCAGCAGAAACCUUAGAUUUACAAGAUGCUGCAAUAAAUGGUCCGGUGCAGCUGGAGACACCCCCGGUGUGUGAGGUGCAAAAUGAUCUAACAUUAGAGAGUAAUGGGAACGAGUAUUCUCCAAAUGAGAUUAGAGAGAGCUCCCCUGCAGUCUCUCCUACCAGCAACAGCACAGCUCCGUUUGGCCUGAAGCCUCGAUCAGACCCAGCCCUCACUCUCCCUCCUAUCUCCUUCAACAAACUUACACAGGCACAGACAUGGGACAACUCUAGCUACAGUGUUCCAUCUGAAGGAGACAGUGACAAUGUGUUUCUAAGACCUCAGAGAAAUCUGGAAUCUAUAGACCCACAGUUUACAAUUCGGAGGAAAAUGGAGCAGAUGAGAGAAGAAAAAGAACUGGUGGAACAACUCCGUGAGAGCAUCGAGAUGAGACUCAAGGUCAGCCUGCAUGAAGACCUGGGGGCCGCACUCAUGGACGGCGUCGUGCUGUGCCACCUGGUCAAUCACAUCCGCCCUCGGUCCGUCGCAAGCAUCCAUGUCCCCUCACCGGCAGUUCCCAAACUUAGCAUGGCCAAAUGCAGAAGAAAUGUGGAAAACUUUUUGGAAGCAUGCCGGAAAUUAGGAGUACCGGAGGCUGACCUCUGCUCUCCGUAUGACAUCCUGCAGUUGGAUUUUCGUCACAUUCGAAAGGCUGUUGACACUCUGCUGGCACUCGGGGAGAAACCCCCACAACCAACUUCUACCCUCCGCUCCAGGGACCUUAUAAGCUUUUGUCUUGUCCAUAUUCUCUUUAUAGUGCUGAUCUAUAUCACCUACCGCUGCAGUGCUCUGCCCGCAUAACGUCUGCAUGUGUGUCCAAACUCGCCGCUGUGUCACCCUGAUCCAUUCCAGGGUCCUUCCUCCAUCUGAGCCUUUGCCUUGCAAACUGCCAUCCCUGUCAUCUCUUUAGUAAUCUCUCGAGUUUUGAAGCUGAACUUUUACAAAUCACAUUUUACAAAAGCACACACUUUAUAGAAUGCAGUUCCUGUUGAAUAAUUUCUCUCACUUACUGAAAAGCAGUGCAGUAAAGCGUAUCUAUAACUCACGCUCUCUCAUUCACAUGGUGCCGCAGCAGUGCUAUGCAGUUCCUCUUCUCUGUCUCCCAGUGAGCUUCACUGCCCUGGGUAGAGUGCAAGAAGGUUCUAGAACAGGGGCAGAGGGGAUUAGCACAUGGAAAUCUUUCCUUUGAAUCAGUAUUUAAGUCGAAUCCUAAUUCAGGACUGGGCAAUUGAGCUGUACAGGGGCUGCCUUGCAGAGGAGACAGAAAACCAACAUUUUUGGCUCAAUUUGCUCCAUAAAAAUCUUAGUAUCACUAUUGACCAAGUUGAAAAAGUAGUACCAUUUGGAGAAUGACUGCUUUGCUGGCCAUUCAGUUGUAUUACUCCGUUUCCUUCAACAGGAGUUGUGAAGGAGCCCCAGGGCUGGUUGCAGCCCACUUCCACCCAGAACAAGCGAGCCCCUCUGCCAAGCUGCUUGAGGCAAAGCUAUGCAGGAGGGUCCUACUGCCCUUAGAGCGCCACCUGGAGGAUUUCACUUGCACACCACUUUAUGUUUAUUUUUACAGCCUACUUGUUAGGUCUGCUCUGAGGCACUUAGAAAAGCAUUUUCCAGAAGGGGUUUCUGUUUUUAAAUAACGUAAAAGGUUGUUUUGCUUCUGUGCAACUUCACAUCAUAAGUGCAGGUUCAGAUUGUGAUGGAUUUGACUGUAUUCGCUUUCAAAUAAAGCCAUGAGUCAUGGGACAUUCUUGGUCCUGGGUCUUGGGUCACUAUGGCAGAAGCCAGUAAUAAGAUUGCGCUUAUUUUAGAAGAAUGUAGUUUCUCUAAUGACUUGAAAUUUCCAUUUAACCUUUGAUUUCCAGUUUUCAGUUUUAAGAUUAAUGGUUUAUGUAAUAACUGUCCACUUCUGGAGCAAAAGUGAUCAGUUUGUAAUUAAAAGAAAAAAACCAUUAGAAUCUUAUACAUGCUGAGAUAUUUUUAAAAGAUGUUUUUUUCUAGUAGAGAAGGCCCUGCAUCAACGUUGAGGCAGUCUCCCCUAAGGUCAGUUUACAUUUGCUUGCCAAGUAAUAUUUCUUAAAUUGGAGAGAUGACGGAGUUAACUUCAAGAUAAGUUUCUAGUUUGCUGAGAUGCAAACAGUCUCCAUAGACACUAUGCAGAACAUAAUUUUAUUUUUCUGAACAUGGCCAGAGGACCUGAGAAUACGGAAAAGCUUACAUAGUUAGAAGAGUGUAUUUAUAAUGAUUCUUUGUUGCUGAAACAGAUCAGCUAUUCUAGCAGGAAACAUUCUUUACAUGAUAAUAUUUUGAGUUAACUGAGCUUUUUCCUCCUGAUUUCAUGGUGAUUGGUGAAAUACAGAGUAUGUGUAAGUUAUUAAUUAAACCAAGUUGUAUUAAGUAACCUGCAGAAUGUACAGAACUGCCUUGGGUGCUAUCUUGUAUUCAUCAGUCUGUAACACAAUAAAAUCCCUUUGUAUGAUGUCUCACAAGCAGCCUGAGCCAGAAGUUGCUUAGUAAUGCCUUUUGCGUGUCCAGGUCUUUGUCAGCCCGCUGUUGGGGUGAUCUGUGCGUGCCCCGAUUGGCUCUCAGCGGUUCUAGCUGGCUCUGCGGUGCAGUGGGGCUUCCCUUUAAUAAUCACCGCUGGGUUUUUUCUCUUCUGUAUGGAGACCAAAAGGGAAGAAGUGAGGGGACUUACUGGUGGCCACGUGAAAGAACAUUCUGUCAAUAAAAACUGAGUAGAACAGUCAGAUGCGAUCAGAUUUAACUUUCAGUGCUGACUUGGCUCGUUCUCCAGCUGCAUUCAUGUCUCAGUUCCGGCAUCCGGCAUGUGUUCUUUGCACGCCCUUUGGUUACUCCUGUCGUUAGUGUUUCUGUGUGCUUAUGUGCUGCUCCUCUCGGGGUCUGUUGGAUGGUAUUUUCUCAUCAAGUAGCAUGGUAACUGGCGAAGAACAAUUAAUUUAGUCCUUUUGGCAACACUUUGAAUGUCUUGCCCAUUGUCAAGCUGUUCAUUUCUUUCCAGAAUAUUAAGCCCUUCCAUGGUUCUUUCCCAAGGCACCCACACAUCAGCUCAUACGCUAGUGUGCUGCCUGCCAUUGCAGCGUGACUGGGGAGACCUGGCUGGCCUACUUGUCCUCUGAGAAGUGGUCAGGGAGUUAGUUGUGUGAUUUAUGUGUGCAUACUAAAUCUCCUUCCUCUCAAAAAACAGGACAGUUUUUCAGUACUCCCAGUGUCUGAUAAAAAGAAUCACUUAUUCAUUUACAUUUUCUUUUUGAUAUAGAUAGAUCUAUUUGAAAUAGAAGGUUCUCUUUCUCGAGUUUCUCCAAUUGGUGGCAACUCUCCAGUGUCAGGAUUUCCACAAUGUGUGACAAUUAAUUUCUAUUAAUUCGUUCUAUUUAUGGAUUUGUGGUUCUAUGUGGCUCACUGUUCUAGUGAAAGACAUUCAUGAAAUGGGGCUGAUGGAAAGGGGCUUUCAGAACUCAGAAGAUAACUGAGUAGGAAUUUCAUCCUUGAGAGUAGAUAGAUAAAUCCUGCUGCCAUUUAUUUGUGAGUAAGAAAUUAAAUUUAGCACAUGGUGCCUAGUGUUAUCUCUCUAAAAUCCAUGCUGGUUCCUGUCACAAGGCCAGAAGUCGUAAGACUAAGGAAGGGCAUAUUACCUGGAGAGUAAAAGAGGUGGACAACAGAUUAAAACUUCAGGAGCCUGAAAGUAAUUUUGGAUUAGUUGAAAAAUAUUUUAAUUAAUUUUAUUUCAGGAGAUUUUGUUUUUAAAAGGAGGCUGCAGAUUUUAAAAUUAGUUCACAAUAAACAAUCAGUUAAGUAUAUAGAAUGUGCACUUUUUUUUUCUUCUUUAAGACUGUCAGGGUCCGGUUCCUUAGCUUUCACUGUGAUUUUGUUCCUGCUUGUGUUCCUUCAUUCAUGCUUCAAAUACUGAAUGAGCACUCUUUGUGCAAGGCUCUGUGGUAGGCCUUGGGGAUAAAAAGGUGACCAUGACACAUGACCCUGUCCUCAAAAAACUUACAAUCUAGACAACUUUUUCUGUGAAGUGCCAGAUAGUAAAUAUGUUAGGCUUUGUGGACCAUACCAUCUCUGUUAUGACUUCUCAAUUACUGUUGUGGUGUAAAAGCAGCCAUAGAGGAUUCGUAAAUAAAUGGGUGUGGCUGUGUUCCAAUAAAACUUUAUUUACAAAAGCAGGCUCUGGGCUGGACUGACCUGCAGGCUGUUAGUGUUUGGACCCUUAACUAAUAGAUCCAGUGAACAAAUAAGGAAUAUGAUAAGGAUGUGUGGUAGGUUGGGUACAAGAUACUGUAAAACCUGUGGAAAGAAGACCUCCCCUGAUGACAAUGGGUAUCUGUGAGGCCUUCUUGGAACUGUGAUAUUCGCACUGAGACCUAAAAUAUGUGUAGGAAUAGUCAGACGGAGGGGCUGUGGGUUAGGGAGGUGAGAGGAGGGGCAGAUGGUGUG